AUGGCCGAUGAGCUGAGAUACAUGCCAAAUGACCAGCCGCUUCAGGCGCUGUCGAAGACCCCCCAGGAAUUUUCCCAAAUCGCUCUGGAGGAAUUUGUUGACAAAACAAAAGUACCGACCACUUUUGAGCAAGAGCAGCUUGUAGGAAUUUUCGCUGGGUUUACUGGUAUUCCGUACAUGUUUCUUCAGCUGUCCGAGCUGCACCCCGACGUGCAAGUUAACGGCGAAAACCCUCGCCAAUUAGCUGAGCGCUACAUCACAAUUGGCGCAGAUGCUUUGACUGCCUGUCUGUCGGGAGAAGAGAACGACUUGGAGCGUUUUGUUGCCAGCACUAUCGGCGCAGCUAGUCCGUCUUUAAGGGCAGACCAACAACUCGCCAACGAAAUACUGUAUGGAAGAGCAGGUGUUGUGUUUCUUCUCCGAUUGGUUCGCCAUUGGGUGCCCAGGAGCACGGCAAGGCUAGAUGCGCAGAUGAAGGCCAUUGCAGCUCGUAUCAUGGAAGCCAACAACCACGGCCAGGGUAGCUGGGCAUGGGCAAACCGGCGGUUAAUUGUUGCUGUUCAUGGAGAUAUUGGGAUAAUCACGCAAUUGGUACUGUGCCUACCCGGAUUGGCAUCUAAACUCGAGCCGCAUCUGCUUCGACUUCUGGCCCUUCAGUUCAAUGAUGGAAAUUGGCCAAAGUUCAUGGGCGAGGGUGAGACGGAAUCUGAUGUUGUCCAAUUUUGCCACGGCACUCCAGGCUUUGUGAUUAGUCUACAAGCGUUACGACCCUACUACCCUCACUUAAGUGUUGCUCUUGACGAGGCAAUUGCUAAGGGGAUCGAGCUUAUCUGGGCUAAAGGUCUGCUUCGCAAAGAACCGGCAUUGUGCCAUGGAGUAUCAAGGAAAUGCACUAGCUUUACCACAAGGAGGAAGACAUGA